ACCAUUUCAACUUUGUUGAUAUAUCCAAAUUAUUACACUGUUAAAAACAACUGCUUUGCCGCGUUGUGGCCCAGUCCUCCCGGCGUCAUAUCAGGGGGGAGUUGUUGUUUUUUUUCUCGUCCUAUCUCCAAGAGUUUUUCUCCGCUUUCUACAGUUUUACUCCCUCGACAAAAAACUAAUAAUGAUACCAAUCCCAAUUUGACUCGGAAACUGUAGACGACCCUUUGCUCAGUCAUCAAUAUUGUUUCCUUUUUUAAAGUUAUUUCUAAUCAGAUCGACACAAGUAAAGAUCCGUGCGACGAUUUUUAUGCGUACGCGUGUGGAGGAUUCAUCAAAACGCACCAGCUCAAUGAAAAUCAGAGUUCCAUCGGUGGCUUUACAAUCGUUAAUGACGAUAACAUGAAAGUUUUGCAACAAGCGAUGGUGAAUGCCUCCGCCAAAUACAACCAGAGCUCGUUCAUUUUGAAAACCGUCAAGAUUUAUGAUUCAUGCCUGAACACAUCUGCCAUUGAGAGUCGUGGAAGUUCGCCCCUGGAAAAACUGAUAGAACUUUAUGGUGGCUGGUCAGUGACUGGAAAGGGAUUGAAUGCAUGGACAGUGCCAGAAAAAAUGGGGCGAGUCUUGAGAGACUUGAACGUUCAGACGUUGCUGCGGGCCAGUGUGGGUACAGACUUCGAGGAUUCCAGUCAACAUAUUCUUAAUCUCAAUAUUGCCUCAUUGGGGAUGAGUUUUAAGUAUUAUUUCGACCAGAAAGACCGCAGUAUAAAGGUCCGUGAGGCGUACAAGACUUAUAUGAAAACUAUUGCCAAGCUGCUUGGAGGAGGGCCUUUUUCAGAUUCUAAAAUGGAUGCCAUAUAUGAUUUUGAAAGCGGCAUUGCUGAGUCAGUGGAUCCUGACACAGUGUCUGAGGAUUUAAUAGAAUCCCUUAUGGAACAUCACAGAUCUGGGCGAUCAUUAGACGACUUGGACCAGACGAUUGAAGAGUUCUGGUUAGACUCAGAUUUUGAAACAAGUUUCGUGACGGAUUUCCUGAAUUCUGCAUUUUACAACCAAGGAGUAACUUUCAGUUCGUACGAUAAGGUCUAUUAUCCUCAAUCAGACGUUUACAAAGACGUAUUUAAAGCGAUGGCGAGCCAAUACCAAAAUAAAAACAAACAAACUGUUAAGGAUUACAUCAUGUGGCGUGUCAUUGACAGCUAUGUGAUGUCAAUGCCCGACAACUUUUUGCAAGCAAAAUUAAAAUAUUUGAAAGCAGUGUCAGGAUUGUUAGCGGAAAAUAAAAGAUGGUCUGACUGUCUGGAAAUUAUGAUGUCGCCAAUGAGCUUUACUCUCGGUCGUUUGUACGUGGACGCGAAUUUUGACGAAAGUACUAAAACGACGGUGAAGGACAUGACUACACGCCUUCGCCAAAGUUUUAUUGAUAAUUUGGAUGACUCAGAUUGGAUGGAUUCCAGUACAAAGCAAUCGGCUAAGGCAAAGGCGCAAGCAAUCAAAGAGGACAUUGGUUACCCCGCUUUCAUCAAACACGACAAAAAACUCGACAAGCAGUACUCACUACUGAGUGCAGGAGAAGAUUAUUUUGAAAACACCGUGUCAAUGAACAAAUUUAUCGUUCAGAACAAUUUUGCUGUUCUUAGAGAACCAGUCGACAAGGACAUGUGGAUGGAAAGUCCUGCACAAGUAAAUGGAUAUUACAGUCCACAGCAAAACCGGAUAGUAUUUUUGGCUGGAAUUCUACAAUCUCCAUUUUACAGAAAGUACUGGCCAAAGUACAUUAACUAUGGGUCAUUAGCAAUGGUCAUUGGACAUGAAAUCACCCAUGGAUUUGACAGCCAAGGGCGGCUUUAUGAUAAGGAUGGCAAUGUGAAAAACUGGUGGUCAUACUCUUCGACAUACAAUUUUGACGAGAAAGCCCAAUGUUUGGUGAAUCAGUACAACAACUAUGACGUAUUUGGGACACCUAUAGAUGGUAAACAGACACUGAAUGAGAACAUAGCUGAUAAUGGUGGAAUAAAGCUUGCUUAUGAUGCAUAUCAGUCGUGGGUUAAAGACAAUAAAAAGGAAGGACAACUGCCUGACUUGGGUUUGAGUGUGGAUAAACUGUUUUUCAUAGGAUUUGCUACGCCAUGGUGUAGUGUCUACAAGAAGGAAGCAGCUCUUUCCCAAGUAGCACGUGACGUACAUUCCUUUCCAAAAUACAGGGUAAUUGGUCCGCUGUCCAAUUUCAAAAAGUUUGCAGAUGCUUAUAGCUGCAAAAGCGGAAAAGGAAUGGACCCGAGUAACAAGUGCUCUGUGUGGUGAUCACGUGGUAGCAGUCUAACCUGCUUAUGAUAUAUUUGGCAGCCGUUCCGAGAGUUCAUAGAAAAUCAAAGCAAAAAUGUUGCUUUUACUUUUAAAAAAUACAUUAGUUUGUGUAGCUAAUUGCCUGAUUAAUACUAGCAUUAAGUUUUUUUGCGUUUCAAACGCCAUUCAAAUGGUAUAUAGAAGCUUGGAGUAGAAAUUUUGUUUCUAAAUCUAAGGUAAUGUAAUCAACCAUUAGCUCUCAUAUUGUGCUAGUAAUAGGCGAAUAAAGUUAUUUGUUUGUUAA